GUCGUUCAGGCAUUUUGCCUCCUGUGGCUCUGGAACAAAUUUCUAUUGUACCAAAACACAGAGAGUCACAUACGGAUUAUUUACAGGGCAUGAUGGAAAUUCAUUCGAAAAGUUACAUGAAAUUUGUCUUCACAUUCAUCUUCACAUUUCUCCUGUUUUUAUCAAUAUCUCUUCCGACCACCUUUGCGAGUCCCGUAGAGAAUGAAGUUGAGGAUGAGAGUCAUUUCACAUAUAAAGAGUUGAAUGGUAAAGGACCAAAGAAUUGGGGAAGACUUAAUUCAACAUGGAAAGCUUGUGGCAAUGGGAAAUUGCAGUCUCCCAUCGAUCUUCUCAACGAGAGGGUUCAAAUCUUCCCAACUUUAGGGAAAUUGAAACGUGGUUACAAGCCUGCUCCUGCUAUCUUGAAAAAUAGGGGACACGACAUCGCUGUGGAGUGGAAAGGAGAUGCAGGGAAAUUGGUUAUAAACAAUACAGACUACGAACUGAAGCAAUGCCACUGGCAUUCUCCUUCUGAACACACUUUGAAUAACACAAGAUACAAGCAGGAGCUCCAUAUCGUGCACCAAAAUUCUGAAGGAGGAAUAGCUGUGAUUGGUAUCCUGUACAAGCUUGGUCGUCCAGAUACUUUCAUUGACCAGAUUUUGCACCAUAUCAAAGCAGUUGGAGCCAUUGGAGAAAUUGAUUUGGGGGAAAUUGACCCAAAGGACAUCAAAUUUGGAAGUAGAAAGUAUUACAGAUACCUUGGCUCCCUUACCGUUCCACCAUGCACCGAGGGUGUUAUUUGGACCAUUCUAAAGAAGGUGAGGACAGUCUCCAAGGAGCAAAUACAUGCAUUGAGGGAAGCUGUGCACGAUGGAUUUGAAGAAAAUGCAAGGCCAACUCAAUGGAAACAUGGAAGACCAGUUUACUUAUACAGGCCCAAGGCAGUUUAAUUGGUCAUGUGGGAGAAGAAGUUGAAAAAGAAAGGAUUGAAUCAAUGUUGUCAUUGCUGUCAUCAAAAUUGAAUAUUGAGAAUAUUAGAAUGCUUUUACAAUUAAUAAUGUAGCUAGAUAAAUGCUUGUGUUUUACGCCAAUGCUCCGACGAGAGAAUGCCUGAGAAUUAAGCCUCACCAUAAAACAUUUGUUGUUUCUACGGCAAUAUAUCACGAAACUUAAUCUUUAACUUGAUUUCUGGUCUCAUGUUUGCUUUUCGUAAAAAAAUACCAAGUGACAGUUAAUAUUAAUAUAUUUAUUUAU